AUGCGUUUACGGAUCGCUUUGUUUUGGAAGAGCUAUUUAUUUCGUAUCGUUGAAAACGCUAAUUUUAUUAAAAAAAUUCCAUUGUAUGAAAAUGUAAUCCCAGAGGAAUCAUCAAAACCACUUGGACAUAAUAAUGUAAAUGAUUUUAUUGCUAAAGGUUUGCAUAAACCUAUUAUUGAUUUUGAGUUACAAAAAUUAAAAGAGCCACUUGGUAAAUCAAAACAUGAAAAAGAAACACUUUUUGAUCAAUCACACGAAAUUGCCAGUAAUAAAGAUAUAUCGAACAGCGUUAAUGUCAAUAACAAAAGAGUAAUAUCUAUUGUUGGUGAUUCUAUAUUGAAGGAUCUUAAAGGUCACGACUUAACAACGUCUGAAAAUAAAGUUCUCGUAAAAUCGUUUUCUGGUGCAACAGUUUCAUGUAUGCAUCACUACAUCAAACCGACCAUGGCUUAUAAACCUGACGUACUUGUCUUGCACUGUGGAACAAAUAACUUUAAGAAAUCCAAGGAUCCAAAUAAGAUAGCUGACGAUAUAAUUGGUUUAGCAUUAGCGGCUGCUAGCAUGGAUGACCAAACGUCUGUCGUAGUUUCUUCGAUAGUACCCAGGGGAGAUAAGUAUAAAAAUAUGGUAUUCAAAGUAAACGAGAUUGUAUCAAAAAAGUGCGCGGAAAGAAAUAUUGGUUAUAUUCCUCAUUCCAACUUUGAUGAAUCACACCUAAAUCGCAGUAAACUGCAUCUUAAUAGAAAAGACCAUGUUGAUAUUCUAUGUGUUGCAGAAACUAAAUUAGACUCGUCAUUCCCAGAGGCUCAAUUUGCGGUCUCUUCAUUUAAACAACCUUAUAGGUUGGAUGUUACAGAUAAAAGUGGAGGUCUAAUGGUUUAUAUAAGGCAGGAUAUUCCUUCGCGCCAAUUAAAAUGUCCUGUUAUGUCUGAGGAUAUUCAAUGUAUUCCUUUUGAAUUGCGACUAAGGAACAGAACAUUUCUUGUUAUUUCUAUAUAUCGUAACCCAAAACAAUGUCUCAAUUAUUUUCUUGACGAGAUUAUUAACGUAGUGGAUUAUUUUUCAACAUCUUACGAAAGUUUUGUAAUUCUAGGAGAUUUUAACGAAGUCUUUACACACAAUGAUAUGUCUAAAUUUAUGGAACAUUUAAAUUUAUCUAGUUUAAUAAAAACACCUACGUGUUUUAAAUCGGAUGAUGGAAAAUGCAUUGAUCUCAUUCUCACAAAUAAAAAUAGAUGCUUUCAAAAGAGCGGCUCUUUUGAAACUGGAAUCAGUGAUCAUCAUCAUCUGAUUUUCACAUUUUUUAAAUCGUCUCUUAUAAAAUGUUCACCUAAAUAUAUAAGAUAUAGAACUUUCAGAAAUUUUCAUCGCACAAAUUUUGAGUAUGACCUUUCAUCUGAGUUAUUAGCUAUUGAUCAAUCUAAUUUUAAUGCUUUUCACAACGUCUUCACAGACGUUCUAAAUAGACAUGCACCGGCAAAAAUUCGAGUAGUAAGAGGUAAUCAAAAGCCUCACAUCACUAGAAAUAUAAGGAAGGCCAUCAUGAAACGCUCUUACUACAAAAAUAAAGCUAAUAAAUCAGGUGACUCUAAAUAUAUAAAGCUUUAUAAAAAAAAAAGAAACAUUAUUGUAAAUAUGAACAGAGCAGCAAAGAGAUCAUAUUUUCAUUCCCACGAGACCAAUUCCAAAGACUUUUGGAGCUCUUGUAAACCUUUUUUUUCGAACAAAUCUCGCGGUAGUGAAAAGAUUUCUUUGUUAGAUGAUGUUAAAAAUGAAUUCAUCUCUGAUGAAGGUGAAGUAGCGACAAUGUUUAAUAAAUAUUUCAUAGAUUUAAUAAGGAAACUUGAUUUAAAACCCUGGAAAUCCAAAGUGGUCUCUUCAGUAUCUCUAAAUGAACUUGAUUCUAUCCUUCUCCAUUAUGCUGAUCACCCUAGUGUUUUAAAGAUCCGUUCAAAAACGAAGAGAAACUUCUCCUUUUUACCUGUUAAUCCUGAGGAAGUUCAUAAAGUGAUACUGAGCCUAAAUGCAAAAAAGGCAGUCAGUGGCCCAAUUCCAACGAGAAUAAUUCAGAUAGUUGCAGACAAAAUUUGCUUGCCACUUACUAACUGCAUAAAUUCUUGCAUCACUAACGGUAUAUUUCCAUCAGUACUAAAACUAUCUGAAGUUAUUCCCGUUUUCAAAAAGGGUGACAACUCUCGGAAAGAAAAUUACCGACCAAUUAGUAUUUUAAAUAGUUUUUCUAAAAUUUUGGAACGGCUUCUAUUUAAUCAGAUUUCUAGCUAUUUUCAACCAAUAUUUUCAUCAUUAUUAUGUGGUUUUAGAAGUAAAUAUAGCACCCAAAAUGCUCUAUUUCGCCUAAUUGGUAAAUGGCAUCAGUGCUUAGAUAAGUCUGGGGUGGUGGGAACUGUCUUAAUGGACUUGUCCAAAGCAUUUGAUUCCAUAGAUCAUGGCCUUUUAAUCUCAAAAUUGGCUGCUUAUGGUUUUGAUAGAAAAAGUCUUUACCUUAUGAAAAGUUAUCUCUCUGGACGUUUUCAAAGAACCAAAAUCUGCAGUUCUUUUAGUGAGUGGCUCUCAAUUGUUUUCGGCGUUCCACAAGCUUGGUUUGAAAACAACCAAUUGGUUGCUAAUCCAGCAAAGUUUCAGAUGAUGUUUUUAGGUUGUCCACACAGUGAUACUUUAUCGCUAAGAAUAAACAAUAACUUCCUAGUCGCAUCGGAAUCUGUAAAAUUAUUAGGCAUUACUAUUGAUAGAUGUCUCACUUUUAAUGAGCACAUCUCUAAUCUAUGUAAAAAAGGAAAUAGCAAUGUCAGAUGUCUUUACAGAAUAAGACGAUUCAUUAGUUUUGAACAAUCAAAGUUAUUGCUUAAUUCUUAUAUUUUAUCAAUAUUUACCUAUUGUCCCAUUAUAUGGAUGUAUUGCAGUGCUGUGCAGUAUAAAUUAAUCAUUUCAACACACAAACGUGCAUUGAGAGCUGUAACAAAAGACUAUCAUUCCAGUUAUCAGGACUUGUUGGUAAAUUGUAAGUGUGUGCAAAUUCACGAACUGCAUUUACGUAUAAUCUGCGUAGAGAUUUAUAAAACAUUAACAGACGAAAAUCCGUCAUUUAUGCAGUCUUUUUACGCUAUAAGACGUAUCAGUUACAAUUUGCGCAGCAAAAAUAGUCUACUUUUACCAUCCACAAGUUCAACACGCUUUGGUACUAGAUCUUUUUUGUUUCGAAGUUGUUUGUUAUGGAACUCUUUGCCUGACAGAGUGAAGAGUUCUCUCUCCAUCAAGAGAUUUAAAAAGGAACUCAUCUCACUAAAUCUUUCAGAUCUCUGCACAUUUGGUGUAAAUUAG